ACGGGCGCCUCGCCAGUUUUGCUGUCCAGCGGGCGCGCCUUGGAGCGCCGUGCGUGGUUGAGGGGUGCGUUGGCCAGUUCGCAGCGCAGUAUAGAUGGCGCUGACCGCCUUCGCAAGGAGUUGGGCGUGGCGCGGCCGUGCUCCGAUCCUGCCCUCCGCGCCGUCUCCCGCUGCUCUGACUGUAUCAAGCAGGCGCGCUCCCGUGGCAUGGCGCGUUUCGCCCUGGGCCCUGGCCGCCGGUCGCUCUCGCCCUCGCUGGGCGUCCUCAUCGUUGCCGAGAAGAGCGGGGUCCAGGCGAAUGCGCAUGACGUUGGCCGCCUUUCCCGAUUCGUGUCGGCCGACUGUCGCCUCUGUCAUUGCUGCGCGGGUGACAUCCAGAACGCCUCCUACGCCGUCGACGCCCCCGACGAGCAGGGCGACGCCUUCAGGUUGGCCGCGGAGUUGGCGGGCGCGGCGGGCGGCCCAGCUUCGGAACGUUGCCCGGCCCGCCCCGGGGACCUGCUGAUCCAGCGGCUCUCCGUGCGCCCGAUGGGCUGGGGCAGGGCGCUUCGCUUCUGCCAGCUCGCGAUCGAGGGGGGCGCCCGUUGUGGGUGCUUGCCCCCCGAGCGGCUGGUGCGACAGCGCUGCUGCAGUGCCGUUGAGCCCCCG